CUGUGCGAUUCGCUCCCUCCCUCUCUGUACUUUUCAGAAUCCAUUAAAGUUAAAAAUUUUAAGUUCCCUUCUUUCCUUCUUUAUUUUCUCCACUCAUCCCCAUUUAUUUAACUCUCUUUAGCUAUUUCAAAUCCAACUCCUGCAUCCUCUCUCUCUCUCUCUCUCUCUCUCUCCCCGUUUCUGUGUCUUCUUCUUCUCCUUCAUGGCUUCUUCUGCCUUGUCAUCAAAAACUAAAAAGGAGGAAGUUGAAAGAUUUGUUCCAAAUGAGCAUGAUUUUCUGCAGAGGCACGUUGCUUUCUUUGAUCGAAAUCAUGACGGGAUAGUUUAUCCUUGGGAAACCUUUCAAGGUUUCCGAUCAAUCGGUUGCGGCAUAUUCUUGUCCACCGCUAGUGCCUUUCUCAUCAACAUGGCACUCAGUUCUAAAACUCUUACUCGCCAGGGGAAAUGUCCAAACCUUCUAUUCCCAAUUGAGGUUAAAAAUAUCCACAAAGCCAAACAUGGCAGCGAUUCCGGCGUCUAUGAUUCUGAAGGAAGGUUUGUUCCUUUGAAGUUUGAAGAGAUGUUCAGCAAGCAUGCACGUACACACCAUAAUGCUUUAACAUCAGAUGAAUUAAUGGCAAUGCUCAAAACCAACAGAGAACCUAAGGAUUACAAAGGAUGGGUUGCGAGCUAUGCAGAAUGGAAGAUCUUAUACUAUCUAUGCAAGGACAAACAUGGAUUGUUGGCCAAAGAUACAGUAAGAGCUGUUUAUGAUGGAAGCCUGUUUGAACGAAUGGAGAUGGAAAGACAAUCAGCCAACAAGAAAGCUGAUAUGUAAAAGAACAGCUUUGGUUUAUAGAAAUGUCGCGCAGCCGA